UAAUCAAUAGAACACAUACAAGCAUGCGCACAGUCUGGCGUUGACCUUAUGGAUGCCGGUUAUUUCACCUUUCCCAAGAUGAAGACGCUUGUAAACAUUGUGUUGUUGUUCUCCGUUUUCUGUGUGUCGUCUGUCUUUACUCAAGUAAAUGUUUGCAAGUCCAAUUCCUGUAAACCUUAUGUGGAGACUUGCUUCCCCUGGAACAAUCCUGACGGCUAUAUUUGCUGCGAGUGGUCGUCCGCUAGGGGGCAGUACAUCAAGAAAGUCCGGAACCCAUUGACGGGGGAGAUAGAUUAUCUCAACUGUGAUCCAUUAAAAUGCUACGUCUGUAGCUCUGCGGAUACGAAACAUGGGGAUAAAUGCGGCAGGGAGUUCGGGUACACCAGGGAUGAGGCGAUGAAGGCCGGAGUCUUUGUUACCUGUGACGAUAUCGGUGUUAAGAAUGCACGCGCCUGUGGCAAAAUGAUCACCAAUGCCUACUUCGGAAAGGAAAUUGUCACAAGAUAUUGCUACAACACCACAAGUCCUACGAAAUCAUGGUACCCCAGCGGAUGUGCCGAGUAUCUUAGCAUGGAUACCUGCUACUGCAACAAAGAGGGUUGUAACUCCCAAGAUGCAGUUCGAUCAGCUUCCGGUCUAAUUUUAGCGGCAGUGCUAGCUACGUUUUUGAUUUAUAUAUCUUAAUGUUGAAUAGCCAUAUUAUUACAAGCAGAAAUACGAUCCUAUGCACUGCAUUUACUUUUUUAUUACAUGUAUUUCCAAUUUUAUAACACUUGCCAAAGCAAUUUAAAGAUGAAGAGAUUUUUGGUUUUUGAAAGACGUGUCAAAAAUGAAAUUUGAUUGCUAUUGAUAAGUCAUUUUACAUGAUUGUUAAUCUAUGAGUCAGGUAAUCAUGUCUAGUCAAUUCUGUAAAACCAUGUGCCCACCGAUAAGAAGGUGAAAUGUACCUAAACAGCUGUUAAUUUUGGCAAUAUGUAUUUACUUACGAAUUAUAGAUGUUAAUAAUAUUUAAAACUCGUAUUAGGCAUAAUACUUGUUAUAUUAUUUUUUUGCUUUUUUAUUUUGAAUAGUCCAUUUACAUGUGUACAUGUGUUCUUGUUAUGAAGUAUGAAUACCCAUACUCCUGCAGCAUCUCAGAUAUUGGAAAGAAGAAUUUUCACCAACUGAGCAUUUAUUCUUGAAAAAGAGGAAAUCUACCAUUGAUAUAGAAAUCCAGAACCUGAUAUUAAUCUGCCAGAUAUGGUCAUGAAAUCCAACAGAAUUUUGUAAAUAUUGUAUAUCCCACCAAACCCAACCUGUUAAAACUUACGUUUAUUUUUAAGGUCAGACGACACGUUCCUCAAAUAUUUGCAUUUUUGUCUCUUCGUAAUUUACCAAAAAUGUUUAUAAGUAUUGUUAACUUGCUAUUUCUAAACUGUUUUUAAAAUAUCUUUUAAAAAUAAAGACUAAAAAAUUGUGAUAUAAGCAAUUCAAAUAUUUCCCAAAAGGAUUAUAUAGGAAACACCAUCCUCCGUUACCUUCCACAAAUGCCUGGUAAGGUGCCUCAAUUUUUUGUGAGGAAACUUGUUAAAGUAGAAAUACUUCAAUGACAAAUUAUAUUAUUGAGGAAAGUGUCGUCUGACCUUAAGGACAAAAUAGAAUUUUGGAUCCACACCUGAGAAGUUUUGUGAUUUUGAUAUGUCAUUAUGAAUGUCUGUUCUGUAGAGGAAAUAAUGCUGUUCAUUAAGCACUUUAAGAGAGUAAAGGGAGGGGGGGGGGCACUGUUACUAUAGUAUUAUGUAGAUGUAGGACCUAUUAGCUACCUCCAAUUGUUACAGUCAGGAGAUGACAUAGAUUUGUACCUGUGUAUUUUUUCGGUCAGAGAAUUGUGUAUGUUUUCUAAAAACUGUUUUUAGAGUUUUAGCAAUCAUAGAGAGUUUAGAUUGUAAAUAAUUAAUAGCUUGUACCAAUAAAAAUGAAAAGUGUCGUGUGAGAAUA